AUGUUAACUGACUCACUAGUCUCGAAUCAAGGCCCGUUGAGUAAUAUCUGGCUAGCCGCCAAUUACGACAAAAAGUUGACCAAACAGCAGCUUCUAAGCACCAACAUCGUUGAGUCGACAGAAUAUAUCAGCAGCUAUAAUCAACAUGAACAUCUACAUGAACUGGGACAAAGAAAGAAAACAGAAACAGACACCAUCACAUUAAGACUUUCAGGACAGUUGCUCUUGGGUAUCGUUAAAAUAUAUUCAAGAAAAACAAAGUACUUGUUGGAUGACGUUAACGAUAUCUUGUAUAAGCUAAAGGCAUCAUUUAAACUAUCGAGUGGUGUUCAAUUGGGAUCAGAUUCUAUUAUAGCCUCAAAUCGGAUAAAUCUACCUCCAAAUCAAACCACGCUUGCCGAUAUAAACGCGGUCACUUUACAAGACCAGGUAUCCGUUUUCGAUCUUCUUUACCAAGAAGACUUGGAUUUGAAUCUGAACGAGCACGAACCUGUCAAUAAUUUGGCAACCGUGUUUACAUCAGUUGGUCAAAACAAUGAUACCCAAGACACGUCCUUUAACCAAUCAAUUGAAUAUGGCAGAGGUAUGGAUCACAACGAUGACACGUCUCACAACUCAUUCAAUGAUAUGGAACUAGACUUUGACUUGAAUUUAGACGAUAAUCAAUCAAUAGAACAAGGAAGAAACGCGUCCAUACUCGGUCAAGAAGAAGUAGGAAGAGGAGAAGGAGGAGUUAAUAAUGAUGAUGAGCUUUCAUUUUUAGCCGAGUUAAAUAAAUCAAGGAACAUUUUCGAGCUCGAACUGGGGCAGCCUAUCAUUAACAUAAACGAAGAAGAAGUAGAAGAAGCAGGGGAGGAAGAGGAAAGAAGAAGAGGUGAAGGAGACAUUGCUCUUCAAAAUCAAGCAUUUUCCCAACUGUCUAUACGAAGGCAAAAGCGUAAUAGAAUAACCGAAGAGGGAGAGAUGAUAAUACCUAAUAGAAAAUUGGUGGUGGAUUCUGAAGAGAAUAUGGGUGGAAUGUCUGUUCAGCUUCUCAAAGAUAAUCAAGAACUAUUAAUGAGUUCUCUGAAGGAACAUUACAUCACUUUGAGGCUUUCUGAGGAUGAAAAAUUAAAACUAAUUCAAGAGCUAGCACAACCUCCAUUUUUUUCAAAGAGAAGAAAAUUGUGUAAUUUGGACACUCAACUUCAACUUAGAUGUAUGGAAUUGGCCCAGUCAAAAGAAAAGAAGAACGAGGAGAAUGACGACAAUGAAGAGGAAGGGAAAAGCGACAAAGAAGACGACGAUGAAUCAAACGCCUCUAAUGGCUCUGCUCUGGAGACUGAAGACACAAGCUUUGACCUGUCGAUGGAUUUAGACUUAUCACUUGAUGUUGAUAGUGACGAGUCCGUUCGUCUGAAUACAGAUGACGAAGAUGAAACAGACUUCAAUGGAGAAAUGUCAAGGCGAACUGCUAGGAGUACUAAACAAAUAACAAAGGAAUUGCAAAACCAAUUUCGAGUUUCAAGUACAGUAACCUUCAACACCUUGAUGGAGGCUGACAUGAAACUGCAGAAUCCAAUUGGUAUGAAACAUGGCAAAUACCUCAAUGCUAAAAGAGAAGGUGCGAGAUGCUUUUUUGAGUUGUUGGUGCUAGCAACUAACGAGUGCAUAACCUUACAACAAGAACAAUGCGAUACUGAGGUAUCAAAGGACGUAAACAUCUCAUCAAAAGACAAACUAUACAACUUUCUAUAA